UGAUUUCACUUUCUCUAAGCAAAAGAAAAUUGGUGGGGAACUUGAGUAACACUAAGAGUGGGACUGUUAAGACGUUGAUACGUAAACGUAAGUGAGACUGCAUCUACUCACUUACGUAUAAUUUCUUACAAAGACCUUCUAGUUCUUUGUAUGUUGAAGAAAAUAAUUGUAAUACGGAAGUGCUUCGAUUUACGUGUUUUAAAAGGUCAGCGGAAACAAAAAGUGUCUAUACGAAAGUUAUGAUUCAGUGUGUAAAUUUGUGGCUUAACAUGUUGUUGGGUUUCUUAUUGAAGAAUUAAGAAUUAGAACUUUUUUUUUUGAAAAUGUAUGCUGUGGAAAGUGUUGUCCUUCGAGUUUCUAUUGUAUUGUGUAUGGUGGCUGCUGUUGUUACUGUAUUAUAUUUCACACCAUUACCUGAUAAUUUUACAGAAAGCUGUGAUCGUCCGUGUAAAGAUUUCGACUGGCCGAUGAUAUGUAGAUACAAAUUUGCCAUAGAAAAGACUGGAAGCAAAUGCGAAAAAUGCAGUAAUUCCUCAGAAUGUGAUCGAAGUUGCUCAAAAACCAUCUACACUAUAAAUCAACAAUUACCGGGACCAGCAAUACACGUUUGUCAGAAUGAUAUCGUUUUAAUCGACGUAACUAAUAGAAUUCCCGGUAGAAGUUUAUCGCUACAUUUUCGUGGCCAAAGUCAAGAAGAAUCUCCUUUUAUGGACGGGGUUCCAAUGAUUACUCAAUGCCCGAUAACAAGUUAUACAACUUUUCAAUAUAAAUUUAGAGCCUCAACGUCGGGAACACAUUUUUAUAGCGCCCAUUCGGGUGCUUUGGCUGCGAAUGGAAUUUACGGUGCUUUAAUCGUUCGACAACCAGCAAGAUUAGAACCUAAUAAGCGGUAUUAUGAUUUCGAUGAAAAAGUCCAUUCGAUAAUGAUUUCUGAAUGGUUACCCGGAUUCGUUUCCGAUUUAGAUUAUCAAAUUGAACAGCCCACCGAUAUUUUAGUUAAUGGUAAAUUGAAAUCGGAUCCGCCGAUUUUUACAGUAAGUUAUGGAAAUAGAUAUCGUUUUCGGUUAAGUUACUCGGCCACAAUCGCUGGGUGUCCGAUCACUUUCUCGAUUAAUAAUCAUCCGAUAAAAGUAAUUAGCGUCGAUGGAAAUCCAACAAAUCCUUAUGAAGUGCGAAGCGUCACCUUGAAUAAAGGCGAAAGAAUCGACUUUAUUCUAAAAGCUAAACAACAAUUUGGGGAUUAUUUUAUUAAAUUUAAUUCAACGUGUUUUCCGAAAAUUAGUGGUGAAGGAAUUAUUAGAUACUCCGAGCGAAAUAAAUCUGUAAUUGAAGAAAUUGAAACAGAGACUACUGUGAGGGAAUUUAACACGGGAGUUUGUGAUUCGAAAUUGGGAAGAGUUUGUAUUGGGGAUAUUCAUGCAGUUAAGAAGAUUCCAAGAGUUUUGAAAGAUAAAUUGGUUGAUAAGAAAUUGUUUUUUGAUUUCAGUUCGAUUUUAAUCCAAAAUGAAGAACAAGGUGAUGCGAAUCGAAAGAUCCAUACAGUGAACAACAUUACUUUUAUCUACCCGUCAUCUCCACUUUUAACUCAAAUUUACGACGUUCCUGCAAGUACUUUAUGUAAUACGCUGUUUUUACCUGAAAAAUGCAAACAUUCCCAUCUGUGUGAAUGCACUUAUAUCGAAAAUAUUCCUUUGGAUUCAACGGUGGAGUUAAUAAUCAGCAAUCAAAAUGCUGAUGCAUCAGAAUAUAUUUUCCACUUACAUGGUUAUCAUUUCUACAUAAUCGGAUCCCGACAGUUUCAAAACCCUGUACCAUUAGAUCUUCUUAAAACAAUGGAUGAAAACGAAGAUUUAUUUUCUCGUAAUUUAAUUAACCCGCCAUUAAAAGAUACAAUUCGUGUGCCUAAAUUUGGAAUCGUGGCUGUGAGAUUUAUUGCUAACAAUCCAGGUUUUUGGAUGUUACGCGAUGAACGAACGAAAAUUUGGUCUCAAGGAUUAGAUGUGGUUUUAAAAGUAGGCGAGUUAAGAGAUUUUAUAAGCCCCCCAUCGAGUUUCCCAAAUUGCGGAAGUUGGAUUGGACCAGAAUUUUUCUUCGAAUAAAAAAUGUAUUCUUUUUUGUAAGAUAAUUGUGUUUUUAGUGGAAAUUUGUGUUCUUGUUGAUAAUCGUAUACAAUUGUUAUUUAUUUCUUUGAAAUAAAAUAUUUAUUUUUUAAA